UAGAUUUGAUCUUAACUGGGUACGGUUCUAUUCUGGUGAAGUCAAAUAUCAAACCUUGACUUCAAUUUCUCUCUCCCUCAACCAUGCCUUCUGUUCCUCAACAUGAGGAGGCGCGUGAGCAUCUCCUGCAGAUCGACCGUGGCCUCGGAUCCCAGGGAUUCAAGAUCCGAGUUACCGACUUGAGCCGAUUAUCCGACUCGGGAACUCCGAUUUUGAACCGGGUGAACAUGGAUAUACCUGAAGGAAUUAUCGUGGGGAUCAUAGGGCCCAGUGGCAGCGGCAAAUCAACGCUUCUCAGGGCUCUCAAUCGUCUCUGGGAGCCACCUGCUGGAGCCGUCUUCUUGGACGGUCGUGAUAUUAGGGAUCUCGACGUUAUAGCCCUUCGCCGUCGAGUCGGCAUGCUCUUCCAACUUCCGGCGCUAUUCCAAGGCACAGUUGCAGAUAAUGUAAGAUAUGGGCCGCAACUGAGAGGACAAAGGUUAACAGAUAGUGAAGUUUGCAAAUUACUGAUGCUUGCAGAUCUUGAUUCCUCCUUUCUGGUUAAGAGCGGUAAUGAAUUAUCAGUUGGUCAAGCUCAAAGAGUUGCACUUGCUAGAACCUUAGCUAAUAAUCCAGAGGUUUUGCUGUUGGAUGAGCCAACGAGCGCUCUCGAUCCGAUAUCGACGCAGAAUAUAGAAGAUGCUUUAGUGAAGUUGAAGAAGAAAAAUGGAAUGACAACAGUGAUGGUGUCUCACAGUAUCAAACAAAUCCAGAGGAUUGCUGAUAUUGUUUAUCUUCUUGUUAAUGGUGAGGUUGUUGAAGUUCUAAAACCUGAUGAGCUCUCUCAAGCCAAACAUCCUAUGGCACUCAAGUUCCUUCAACUCAGCUCUUAACAAGUUUUUAUUUAGCAUUGUAAGCAUUUUGUUCAAUAAGUCUGGCUUUGGUUGUAUUUGUAAGACAUUAUCAAUCGCAUAAACUUGUGUAAUUAUCUCAUUAAGAAUUAGAAUACUAUAAUUUAUGUUGUGUUUUCUGUAAUUUUUACUUUCAUGUUCAUAAUUACCUAGACUUGUGCAA